GCCCCGGCUCUUGCCCUGCAGUCCCGGGGAUGAGCCUUUUCCUUGGGGAUGGCCUCGGAUGCGUCUUUUCCCCGGGGAUGGGCCGCAAGGAUGCCCUGAGCCCCGGGAAUGGGCUUUGACCUCAGCGACAGCCCCGGCACCAUCCCCGGUGCCCAAGGGGAUUGCCCCGUGCUGCCUUUUUGGUCCCCUGCGGCUCCUUCUUCCGCUGGCACAGGCUUUGGAGCAGAUUGUGGACACCUUCCUCAUUGGCCGCUUCAUCCUCCUGGCUGUGAUGAGCCUGGUCUUCCUCGGGUGCCUCUUCCUGUUCCUGAUUUAUCACCUCAUGGAGCCUUUGUAUGCCAAGCCGCUCCACAGCAGCUAGAGACAGCAAUCUCUGCAAAGAGCAAAUCCCGAUUUCAUGGGAAUAAACCAGAGAGAGACCCCAGGAGACUGUUCUGGAGGUGACCACGGUGUUCUUUCUGAGCUCAGGAAGAGCCAGCGAAGAAAGUGAAGUCUUUGCUUCAUCUUAAAAAGCAAAGUUUGGUCUGAGCACGAGCCCCUUCUUCCCCUGGGGGUUCAAGGCUCUGCACCUGCAAAGGUGUGUGAACCUCUGGAUCCUGCUCUCGUUUACAGGAGAGCUGAGAUCCAGGAACUUGGUGCUGCUCCUGGUUCAGUGCAUUGACCUGAACCGAGAUGGUUUGUUACUGUUACCCACAAGAGAUGUUUGUUACUGCUCCUUUUUCACUGUGGUUGAAUAAAACUCUUUGAGAAA